AUGAAAAUACUUUUUAUAGUAUUUACCAUACUGGUUGUUGUCGCAACAGUUGUUGUUUCUAGUAAAGUCUGUCAUCAAGAUUCAGAUUGUGGUGAUGCUCCAUAUGCUCUAUGCCAAUCUCGUAUCAAUAUUCUCAAAGGACUUGCCUAUGACUACGAUCGCAAUCUACUCAUUUUUGCAGGACAUAUCGAUCGAACUUUGAAUCUUGUUGUUGCCAGUGUUAGUGUUGAUGGUAGCAAAGACAAAGGCAGUACUUCUCCUUUGUCUUUGAAAGUUGAAUAUCCAAUUACCACUGACAUUCCAAUUGGUUCUGAAUUCAGUACAACCAUUGGCUUACAAGGAUACUCCAACAGCUUAAAGCUCGCUUACAUUAUUAAUAGCCAACGUCUCUCCAGUGCUGUAGGCCCCUACUUCCCCAACAAUAACAGUGUCAAUUUUAUCUGGUAUCCACGUGGCUACAAGCUGGCAACCUACUUUGAUGACCAACAACAGCAGAGUGUUAGUGAGCAUACACUCUACAGCUGUACUUUUGGUAUUUGGAGAACUGAUUUCAUUCCUACCCAAUCGUUUGAAGAGAACGAUUCCAAUCAUGUUAGAUUGCUAAGGUUAGAUCCAGACAAUCAAUAUAAUCCAAAGUGUGAAUUUAUUACUAGAGCCAACGAGAAUCUUUACAUUGUUCAAUACGACUUUGGCGAGUCUGGUAAUGAUUUUCAAUCGGUGGUCUCUGUCAUUGACAGAAAAUGUGUGGAUUGUCCUCCAGACUCACUACAUGAGAUUGGCCGUUUCCCAUUUGAAAUCACCGGAAUUGUUGUCUACAAUAAUCACAUCUACUUGGGUGCCAAAGCAGAGUUUCCAACAAAUUCAAAUCAUUCCGGUGUCUUUGAAAUAUCAAAAACAAUCGAUGGAAAAUCAAAAGUUCUUCAAUUGACACAAGUAAAUGUUAUUGGUUUGACUCUUGGUAGUAAAGGAAAUUUAUAUUACUCCACCACCAAUAGCUUCAUCUAUAAUAUCGACUUGAAUUCAAAAGAUAAGAAAGAAUCCAUCAUUUAUUCACCUGAAAAAAGUGGUGGAUCAUGUAGUUGUGCCAAUUAUUUCACUGGAUCUGAUUGUAAGAAAUGCGAUAAUGGUGUAGUACAAUGGACAAAAGGUAUACCAGAGUGUAUUAAGCUUUUACCUAACGGUAGACCGUCCAAAUGUAAUGAAAAUUCUCAAUGCGGAUUAGAACCGUUUGCUCUUUGUAUGGAUUCCAAAUGUUUUUGUCGUGAAGGAUUUUCAGGAAAUAAAUGUGAAAUAUGUUCAGGAACAAUAACAUGGGAUGAAUUACAAUUUCCAACUUGUAAUCAUUGA